AAAGUAGCUUUUAAAGCAUUGAAGCCUCAAAGCUGUGUAGCCUCUCCCGGAACUCGGCAGCCGCAUCGGCUGAACGUUUCACCGUCAGGGUUUGGUCCAACAUGGCGGCGCACGGAUGGAAAUACUGAUGACAGUCCGAAAGAUCGCCUCGAUUUGUACGAUGGGCGCCAAUGCCUCUGCCUUGGAGAAGGAGAUUGGACCAGAACAGUUUCCUGUGAAUGAGCACUACUUUGGCUUGGUCAACUUUGGCAACACUUGCUACUGUAACUCGGUGCUGCAGGCUCUCUACUUCUGUCGCCCAUUCAGGGAGAAGGUUUUGGCCUACAAGGUGCAGCCCCGUCGCAAGGAGUCUCUCCUCACUUGCCUGGCUGACUUGUUCAACAGCAUUGCCACACAGAAGAAGAAAGUGGGAGUCAUCCCUCCUAAGAAAUUCAUCUCGCGCCUGAGGAAGGAAAAUGAAUUGUUUGACAACUACAUGCAGCAAGAUGCCCACGAGUUCCUCAACUACCUCCUCAACACCAUCGCAGACCUGCUCCAGGAGGAGACGAGCCAGGAGGGGCAGCAGAACGGAAAGUUGGUCCAGAAUGGAGGAGCAGGUGGUGGUGAGGUAGUAGUAGUAGGGGGAGGGGGAAGUGGAGAGGGUGAAGGUGAGAAGGAGACGCAGCAGACGUGGGUCCACGAGAUCUUCCAAGGAACGCUAACCAACGAGACACGUUGCCUUAACUGCGAAGCGGUAAGCAGCAAGGAUGAAGACUUCCUGGAUUUGUCUGUGGACGUGGAGCAGAACACAUCCAUCACUCACUGCCUCAGGGGCUUCAGCAACACGGAGACUCUGUGCAGCGAGUACAAGUACUACUGCGAGCAGUGCCGCAGCAAACAGGAAGCCCAGAAAAGGAUGAGGGUGAAGAAGUUGCCCAUGAUCCUGGCGCUGCACCUGAAGCGCUUCAAAUACAUGGACCAGCUUCACCGCUACACCAAACUGUCCUACCGCGUGGUCUUCCCUUUGGAGCUGCGCCUCUUCAACACGUCGGGAGACGCUACUAACCCGGACCGCAUGUACGACCUGGUGGCCGUGGUGGUGCACUGUGGCAGCGGUCCCAAUCGAGGACACUACAUCACCAUCGUCAAGAGCCACGGCUUCUGGCUCCUCUUUGACGACGACAUCGUUGAGAAAAUUGACGCACAGGCCAUCGAGGAGUUUUACGGCCUGACGUCGGAUAUUUCCAAAAACUCAGAAUCAGGAUACAUCCUCUUCUACCAGUCCAGAGACUGAAGCGGUCCGUCGUUGGCAUUAACGUAACGGAUGACACGAGGGCUGAGCUGUCUUGCCUUUUUUUUUUUUUUUCCCCCUAAGCGGCAGGAUUGGUCAAGACCUCUCAGCGGCCUUGAAGAAGACAAACUCGAGCCGCGCCCGAGCUCAACAACUGACAUGACUUUUUUUCCGUGUGCAUAUUCAAAUGUGUGGGCGGUUUGGUGAACACGGGCCACGCGGCCCCUCCCUCCCAGGUGACUCAAAAGAGCUGUGGAGAGAACUUCUAAAGUUUAUAUGCGUAAUGUCGUCCAAGGGCUUCUGGCACACCGGCAACACGCAGCCGCCAGGAACGUUGCCAAGCGGCAAACUCGGGUCCAAGGCGGCAGUCGCACUUCCUUCCACGACGGCUGCGCUGAACUCCAUGGUAAACCCUCGUACAUUUUGCUUGACUCUGCUGUUUGCAGCCAGGUCGAGAUUGCCAAUGAGAUUCUCAUUUUCUUCACCUGGAUAAAUAAAGGCUAAACCAAUAAACACUCGGCGUAUAAACAAACGCUACUCACGCGCGUUUGCGUCAUUUGGGGGAAGACUCAAAAGCGCACUGAUUCAAUCAAGUCAAACGAAAUGAUCACUAUUUAAAUAUUCGUGUUGAUUUUAUUUUGACAUCACUCUUCACUAAUGACUCCGCGUUUGUUUGUUGUAUAUGUGAGAUUUUGACUUUCAUUUGGGGUCGAGAGUGUGCAUGUGUACAUAUAUAAAGAUAUUAUCAGAAGCAAAAAAUAAAUGCUUGCUUGAAAUAAUAAAGCUAAAGAGCUUGAAUUUC